AUUUUUUAUGAUGAAAAUUUUUAAUAAUUUUUCAAUUAUUUUUUUUCUUUUAAUUAAAAUUUCGUAAGGAUUUUUCUCGUAAGUUAACGAUUGUAUUCAUUUCUAUCUGCGGAAUAGUGUAAAGUUUAUUGGAAGUUGAUUUACGGGGUGUGAUCUCUAAUUUGUAGCAAGCGAAGUGUUCCUUGUCGGUGUCAUCUCCACAAGCACACAUUCUCUAUUAUCACUAUCUAAGAUUAAUUUCGGAUUAAUUUAAUGAAUUCAAACACUUCGUUGGUUAAAACUCGUACCAUUAUUUAUCGAAAAUCGUUUUGAAUUUUACGACGCUUUGAACCUAAUACAAAGAUCAUUCAAUCUCCGAGAUGGAAAUGCGAGAAGGGUUUAUGCGACCACCUCGGAACAGAGGUGGGUUAAUGUGGCCGCUUGUUCCGCUAAGAGGACGCAAUGUUAUGGGUAUGGAAAGGAUGAGAUUACCACCUCUGAGACCUGGAAUAAUGCGAGGUGGGCCGCCAGUUCCUCCUUUCGUUGGCCGAGGAAUGACUCCCCCUCAUGGUAGGCCGCGAGGAAUGGCUCCAGUCAUGUUACCGCGACCUCCUAUUCAUCCACCUGGACCAAUGGGACCACUAGGCCCUAGAGGAAUGUUACCUAGACCCAUGUUACCUCCUCGGCCUCUUGGACUCGAUGGCGGUAAUUCGAGCGAUGCUGGUCCAAUCCCAAUCAAUGGUGCUUUGAAAGAACCAAUGAAGAAUGCCAAAGAUGGAAAUAUUCCGAAAAAUGUCUCUGGGCAAGGACCUAUUCAAAUAGGUAACCGAAUGCCGAAUAGAAAUAUCAAAGUACAUAAUCGUCCCAAAGGAAAUCAAAAUACUGGCCAAUCACCGUUACAAAGUAUGCAUUCUGCACCUCAUCAUCCGCAACCGUCGCCGAUACAGCAGAAUUCUUCCAUGAAUGCGCCUCAUAUGCCAAAACACGUGCAUCCGAUUCCAUCUCAAAUGAGUGGCGGUGGACUUCCUCAACAAGCUCAGUCUCAUCCUAUGCAACAUCAGCCUUCAUUACGUGGCGGUAGAAACGGACUGAAUCCCAGAAAUAGAGGUUCCGCAGGAAUGGGUCGCGGCGCCUUGAUGAAUAUUCCUCAAAUGGGUGGCGGUGUCGGGAACAGAGGUAACACGAUGAUGAAUCGCGGAGGCCCGCCAAACCUCGGACCUCGAAGUGGUCCGCCAGUACCUCCUGGUCGAGGAAAUAUGAUGGGAGGGCUACCACCUCCUCCAGUGCCAUACUCGUCAGCACCUCCGCCUCCUCCUUCGUCGUAUGCUGUACCACCUCCGGUACUCGGUUCUCAGGGUCCAGUGAAACGAGGUGGUCCACCGAUGGGCAUGCCUCCUCCAAUGCCGCCGAAACGAGUACGUUACGAUGCGCCUUUACCAGCAAACGGCUACGGGCAAUACCAGCAGCAGCCGCCACCUCCGCAAGCAGCUUAUUCAUCGUACGAUGUUCCUCCUCCAGUCGAUAUGUACAACAAUGCGCCUCCACCUCCGUUGAAUGUAUCACAGUCGCAGAGUUACAGCUCCCCCGAUUACAGUUAUCAGUCGGGUCCGCAGAACAGUUCGUAUUCGAUGAACGCUCCGUAUUCGUCGUAUAGUAACGAUCCGAGUUAUUCUUCAUACGGUGGCGGAGCUUCAGGCUACGACUCGUCAGCCGAAUAUCAUCCAGCUUCCAAUAGUCAAUCAAUGGGUCAUCCUGGAUCGGAUCCAUACGGUUACAAAGCCGCGGCACCGGUAGAUUCGUAUGGAGGGUAUUCCAACACGAGUUAUCCUAAUCAAGGCGGUUACGACGAUUAUUCGUCCGGUUACAUGGACAAUUCUGGAUACGGCGCUCCUGCACAAGAUUCAAGUUACAGUCAGUCAGUAGGAACAUACAAUAAUUAUUCGUAUUAAAAUAUUCGUGCUGCGGAGUUAGGUAAGUGGCACUCGCGUUUAGGUUCGUAGUUGGCUAAUUAGCGAUGAUUUGCGUCGUAUCAAUUUUGAUAUCAUUUUUCGUUCAAAUUUACUACUAAAGACAAAGAAAUGCAAACACGAUGCUCGUAAUAAAAUAAUAUUAUAAAUUUUACGGAUGAUAUACAUAUGUGCGAUCGUGUAUUAAUUAAUAGUUUUACUUAUUGAAACUUAUGCGUUUAAAUGACAUACUUAGAUACUUAUCGCGAGACGAAUUUCAUGAAAAUCACACAAGAAAUGACCUAUCUAUCAUUAUUUCAAUUAUGACUUACGAGUACAAAAGUACGCGAGUGUGAUACGUAAAAUUUUAUUUAGCCAAGUUAUUAAUUUUGUUUUUGUGUGUGUGUGCCUAUUUUUAAAUGUUGAAACAUUAGAAUCAGCUGCUUUUCAAGCUGAAUCAUUAAUUGGAUUUUUUUCAAUUUUUCCUCCCCUUAUAAUCGUGUAUGUACUUAUUAUUGAUGUUUUAAAUGAAUGGUUUACUAAAAUCAACAGACCUAAUGCGAAUAAGUUACAAUUUUUUUUUCAUUUUAUCGUUCAAUUUUUUUUCCUGUUUUUUAAUUGUAUAUAGAAACAAUUUGAUAAAGAAAACACUUUUAUUUUAUAGUUCUGUACGAAAUAUUCACAAUUAAAGGUAUUUUAAUUUUUGUACUUCUACAUAUUCAUUAUGUUACAUACCAAUAUUGAAACAAAAUCGCGAAAUCCGGCUCAUCCGAUGGAGUUGAAUCAUAUCUAAAAUGUAAUAUUUUCUUUUUAAUGAUGUUUUUCGAGAAAUUCUCGAUCGGUAAUUUCCAUGCACAGAGUUGUUUUCUAGUAUUUAAUUUAAAAAAACGUGAAGUUCAAGUUACUAGCAUCGGAAAGAACUUUGAGAAAUAGUGCAUUUGUUUGGAAAAUCGUUUCGUGUUAUUCAAUAUCAUUUUUUUGUCCCUUAAUUUAUUUUUACGUAUUGAAUUUAUUUCGAAGGAAUGAUAAUUAUUUAAUAAAUUAAUGCUAUUAAUUUUCCAGAUUUGAAAUGAAAAAAAUUUGAUGAGGCAAAAAUUUACAUUACGAUAUUUUUAACUCGUGCUAAUAGUAAAAUUUUCGAUUUGAGCCUAGAAGAAAAAUUUUUCAAUUAUUUAUAGAUAUGAUUUCAAUUUAUGGCGUAUUAAUUCUUGUAUAGAGUUGUGUAGGAAGAAUGAACUUUAAAACAAACGAUCCAAACCGUAACUAUCCGAGCCAAUGGCCCAGAAUUAGUAUUUUUCAAACUGUAUUUUAUUAUAAUACCCGAAAAUUACAUGCAUAUUUAAGGUGUUUGGCGUAACAAGGAUGCGCUUUCAUUUCAAGCUUAUUCAGUCUACAUCGAAAACCAAACGAAGAUUGAUUUGUUUAUAGAAUGGAGAAGUAAAGUAUGGUGUUUUUGUUUUCAAUUUACAAGUCUACAGUGCCAGAUCCGGAUUUUUAAUUUUUUUCCCUCCCUUUUAUGCGACUAAUUCGAGUCGUAACUUUUUUUUUCAAUUAUCUUUCGAUUAACUUAGUAUUUUUUGUCCCUUCCUCCCUGAAGUAUGAAUAAAUUCUCGUGUAGAUGAUUAUCCGGCUCUGGCGAAAUGCAAUUUUCAGAUUCGUACCUCGUGGGAGAUCGUUUGUAUUGUGGUAGUAUUAAUCGAACAUUAAAGCGUUAUUGGUUUUUGUAUGCUACAUGCUUCAUGCACACCUGUGGUGUCGCUUUGGGGUCGUGACUAAAUUGAAUCCUAUAUAAUUAAGCGCUUUGGUAUUUUACAACCGUUAUGUUAUUAUAACGAAUCAUGAUAGAGGAAGUUCGUUGAUUAAUUUUGAGUAUUUUUUAAAACUUUAUUCAAAUUGAGAAACCAAUUCGCAUGAUUGGUUUUAAAACUGAUGCCUGAUUGAAACAUUUAUUUUUAAUAAUGAAUCGAUACUGCGUGUAUUUUAUCAAUUUUUUCCUCUAACGAAAAAAUUUAAUUAAUUAAACGAUGAAAAUUUAGUAUUAUUGCAGGAAAAUUUACCCCUAAUUGACAAAUAAAGUGGAUUUCAAUUCGCCUCAAAUUUAAUCAGAAGCGGUGAUAGAUUAGUAGUGUUAUUAACAAGAUGUGAUCACAUAAUCAACAUGGAAUAAUAGUUCCAUGGGAACGAAGAAGACGUAUUUUUACUUUUUAAAAUUAUGAAUUUUACUCGAGAGCAUGAUUCAUGAUCAUUUUAUAGAUUUUUUUUUUGGUUUUAAGGUAACCAUUUUCGUAGAAUGACAAUACCUAUGUACUUGUAUCGAAUUAAUUAUUUUAUAUUCGACGUUUUUUUUUUUUUCAUUAUCGUGAUACAGUUUUGAUUUAGUAAUUUUUCAUCAAUCGUCAUUUUUUACCAAGUAUCACACCUAUUGAAAUAAUAAUUGUAUACCUAUGAUUUUAUCUGGAAAUGUUUACAAUACCACCUUAAUGGUUCUAUGCUCUCGAUUUUAUUCGCUUACAUUUCAUUUCAUCUUAUAAUUUUAACGCAUUUUUAUUUGUGAAAUUUGAAAUUGGUAAUUUAAAAGGAGUACCUACCUACGUCUAGUAAAGUAACGCUUUGCGGGUGUAUAAUUUCGAACUUGGAGAUUUAAAAACUGAACCGAAUUUUUUAAUAUCACUUUAUGUUGAAAGUUUCGAUACUAAUGUGUCAUUAAUUUUUCAGCGGGCUGAGGCAGUUUCAUGCAAAUUAGAGCCGAAGUUUUACCAAUCGGACAAUUGGAACAAGGAUUUCGUUUCUGUUAUCUGAAAAGAAACAAAGAAACGAGUGUUGAAAAGUGUUGUUAGACGUAUGAAGUAUCGAUUGAAACUAGUGUGAAAACCCAAACUAGAUUGAAAGAAGUCCAUUUCUGUUCACGUUGACUUAUGGGUGUUAUUGUUAUGAUGAAGUUACAUAUAGGCAGUCGGCAGUUGAAAGUGACGGAAUUAAUAGACGAAAAUGGCGAUAUCUCUAUCUUUUAUAUGAUCAAGAGUUCAAAUGAACGUAAUUGUUGAUAAAUUUGUUUAUUUUUCAAAUUUUGGAUGCUGUCGUUCUGUAAUACAAUGUUUAAUGUUGAAGUAUAUUUUUUCAAAAUAAAUAAAUUCUUUGAACAGUUA